AUAGUCACAGUGGUGCACUGAAGUCACAUAUAGACAACCACAACUUUUAAAUGGCCAGUUUAAAAAAAAAAUAAAAACCUAUAUAGGCCUAUCAGCAUUCUUACGAAUAGGCUACAUGGCAUUUAUAUAGCCUAGUUAUAGCAGUAGGACUCUCUUUUUGUAGUUUUGAAUUCAUUUUUCAUAUUUGUUUACCCUUUUGAAUUGGGUGGAAGAUUGACAUCAAAAUAAGUUCAUUUUUAUUAAAAGUCCAGGCUUUACACCUUUUCAUUGUUGUCUUUUUAUGAUUAAUUUUAGGGUUAACAAUUGAUAAUAUCCUGUUAGAAAAUUAGGCUACUAAUAGGCUAUGUAGGCCACUUUUAACUAGCCUAAAUAUGUACUUUUUGUACUUAUAUGCUACAAUUUAGAGGUAAAUAAGAUUUUAUGUACUUUAGGGAACUCUCCCGGUGACAGCUUUGUCGUAAUAAAUUCAUGCAACAUUGUGGAUGAGAAAUUUAUUUAUUAACAAUUUUAGUUUAAUAAUAUAGGAAUACAUCAAAGUUUAAACAGAAUGUGUUUACAACACUCCUGUCUCUCCUCAGUGGCUUUUGAGUCUUUGGCACAUUUUUGAUUGAAGAGAGGAAUGUUGUAAGCCAGCUCGCUCAGUAGGCCCUUGGUGUUUGAGCGUUUAAUCUAUCUGUAACUUCCUGGUUAUAGGUGUUUUGUCUCUGCGUGACACAGCGAUCCGCUGCAUGCCCUCAUGUCUGGCCAAACAGCUGCCUGAACCGCUGGAAGCCACAGGAACAGAUGGCCUUUACCUGACAGAGGAAAAGCCGACCUGAGGACACACAAUCAGUCUUAAAGGAAUGAAAGUACAAAACAGGCGUAUUUGGUAUUAUUUUAAAAAGUUUAUUUAAAUGUAAUCAGCACAAAAAUGUAGAUAGGCCUAUACAAUUUAAAUAUUUUAUCAGUCAGACUAAUGCUUUCCUCUUUCUGCCGGUAAGACGAUUAUUAUGUGAUGCAAUCAUGGUCUGAGAUGUAAAGAUGACUUAUUGGGCUAUAAAGUUAAACAUUGUUACCUCAUAGAACAAGUCUAAAUAUUGCCUUAACUUUGUUGAAUAUUCUUGUAUGUGAUUAUAAUAAUCUUUUAUUAUGAUUAUUAAAAUAAUUUUAUAUAGUUUUCGUAAUAAUCAUAAUAUCUUAAAUCACUUAGCAUUAGUCUCAAGUGGAAAAACUCAUUAAAUGAAUAAGUAGCCUACACGUAGUGAUCACUACGCGCCCUCUAGUGGACGGAACGAUAGAUGCUACUGUAUUUAAUUCAAUUCAAAUCAGUUCAGUUCAAAUCAAUUCUGUUUAUUUCGGUCCUUACAGACAACUUUUCACAAAAAUAAAUAAAUAAAUAAAUAAAUGAACAUUACUUCCGAAAAAGGUGUAGGCAGAAGCCUUGCUUAUUAAGCCUACCCUUUAUACAUAUUUAACCGAUGGACGUCACUUUGCCACUAGUUCAAACACUACUGCUUAUUUCAGUUUGAUGAAAGACGUCAUUUUGUCAUCUAUGGUGUUCUUAAUCACAGUAAAGACACUGAUGACAAUGUGGCGUGAUUUUGUGUGUGUGUGUGUGUGUGUGUGUGUGUGAUAUGGUAUGGUGUCGCUUGUGGUGUUAAUGGCUGAAUAAAUGAAAAAUAAUUAUUGAAUAAAUGUUUUGUGCUAUUUUAAAAGAAGAAGACAUUUAAAAUAUUAUUUAACAUAAUAGUACAUUUGCUUUAUACAGAAUCAAUUUCUAUAAAAAAAAAACACAAUUUCAUAAUGCUAAUUAUUUUUGCAAGGUUGUCAUUUUUAAAAUAGAAUUUUGUCACCUGAUAUACUUCUGAAUUUAAUUACCUUUUGUGAUUUUAUUUUUAAAUAAUUGCACAAUGCCUGAUUCCUCUUUUGUCUGUUAACACAGAUGAAUCCUCAAUAUUUACUUUCCUGUGCAAAUCAAUUUCUUCACCCUGAGUUCUUCUUCAAAGGCCAGUUUGGGGCAAAAACUGGCUUAAAACUGAAUUUAGAUGUGUUCCAUAGUCUAUAGAACUGCUUCAAAAGGUUGAUAAUGAAUUAACCUCCACUUCAUCUGCAUCAGCAUCCACCCCAUCACCCAUAAUGCAGUUCACCUGUUCAAUGCAAGGCCUAGCGCAAAUAACAGAAUAGUCUUUAAUGACUGGUAAAAGUCAAUAAAAUAUAGAAGUACAGCAUGGAAUUUGUUCACUGCCUCUAAAGAGAUUUAUUUGCGAUAAGUCCCUUUCCGUAAUUAGAAAGAGCAUUUGUCACUCGUUCCAGUGAAAGUGUUUAUCUGUGCAUAUUUGAUGGCGUGUAAAAUCGUGUGAGUGUCGAGUGACGGGCUUUCAGCGGAAAUCAGAAUGCAGCUUAUCAGAAAUCAGAACAUGUCAUGUGUGACAUUUGCUAACCACAAAAAUAAGAAUUCUCAUCAAAACAAACUUGUCGUUUGCUCUUGUGAGGACAGUCCCAUUUAUGUAAAUUUUAUUUCUUGUGUGUGUGAGUGUCUGUGUGAUUGCAGCAUCCGUUUUCGUAAUUGUUUGCUUUAAAUGAAGCCAGUUAAGUUUAGUCAUUAUAUGAUCUGGAUGCAUUGAUCCAGCUUUAUUGCAGUGUGCUUUAUUAGAAUUAAAUAUGCUAGGUCCUAAAAAUUUAUAUUGAAACGAUCACAUCCUGCUAUGAAACAGCAACAGAUUGAAAUAUCUGCACUAAAUGUGUCAUACACAAAACCCGCCUCAGAAUAGUAGAAAACUUUAACCUAUGAAGAUGUCCUCUGCUAGAAAGGUCACUCACUAACGGUCGGUUAUUGGUGUUUACUACAGUGAAAGCUGUGGUAAGCGGAGUUUUUGGAAGCCUUGAAAAUGGCAGUUUUGCUGGUGAAUGGGUACCCGCUGUUAGAAAUUAAGAUCAAAGUUUCACAUGAAAAACAAAACACUGUGAGACCCAGUUUUCAAAAUUCCAGACAGUUUCACAUUACAUUCACAUUCAACAUCAGCGUUGGCACUUUGGUCAGGCACUGGUUGGUACUUUGUGUGAUAAUUCUCACAUAUGAAUAUUGGGUCAUGUUGUUUCAGUGGCUACUCCUACAAAAGGAUCCGAAUCAGCUGAAUCAGAGAACACCUACAAUAAGAAAUACUGAGUCAUAAUACUUUAAACACAAUUGACUCAUAUUUGUGUAAAAAAAAAAAAAAAAAAGAUAAAUAUCUACUAAGGCAGAUAUGCGUAUAACCAGAAACAUACAGAUGCGAGCCAAGAAAAUGUCAUGCUUUAAAAGUAGCAUCCUUACUGCUAAAGAACAAAAGGUUUAAACAUGUUGCAGUUCUGCCCAUUGCAGCUUAAAGAUUUUAAUGGUUGCCAAGUCCGUCAAUGCACUUUGUUUAGUUGAUCUUCCCCAGGGAUUUUCUUCAGCUUGUUUCAUUCAGUGAGGAAGUGCAACAAUAUUCUCACUAAGGAUAUUUUAUACUGUGAAAUAUUACAUUGUGAAAUCUGUACACAGCAAAGAUAUAACUUUCUAACUCGCCCUCAUGUCGUUCCAAACCUUUGUGAUUUUCUGUGUGAAGAGAGUUGGUUUUCUAACAACAUUGCUGAAUUGAUUUUCAUUGAAUGGGCAGUGGACUUUUUAGUUUAUAUCUUUAUGUGUGUGUGUGUGUGUGUGAUUGUGUGUGUGUGUGUGUUCCACAGAACAAAGAAAGUCAUAUAGGUUUGGAACAACAUGAUUAAAUGAUACCAGAAUUUUCAUUUCUGGGGUGAAUCAUUCCUUUAUUAAACACUCAUGUCAUUAUGCAGUUGACUGUGUACAUUGCUAUUAUGCUGUUACUGUAUAUUUUUGGCUGUUGUAACCUUUGUUCUGCGUUGUGACUCUGCGUCUUCUUAUACCACAUAUUGAAGGAGAGAAAUGACAAUAAAGUAACUUUCAUUUGAAUGGCAGAGCGGUACAGGAAACGGUUAAUGCAUACUUUUCUUCAUAUGACAGGUGAUGAUUUUGCCUUGACGGUUGUCACUUAUUUUCCUUUUUACAGUGAAUUUCAACUGUAAUGUACAAAGAAUUACCUGCAUAAUUUUUAAGAAUCAUUCAUUGGUUUUUAUGUAAUCAUUUAUGUAAUUUCCAGGGAGCAAUUGUUAUUUAAAUUCUGGUUACAUUUCUGAAUACAGAAGAGAACAUUGGAGGGAAAGAGAUUUACAGUCAAAACGAUAAUGAUCAUGAGACUUUAUAAUGAUGAGGUUUAUUAUUAUUGAUAAACUUGUUUUUGUAAUGACACAGAAACAUUUUAUGCAAAUGCCUCCAAACACGUAAAUCAUAUGUAUGUAAAUCAUUUUAUUGUAUAUUUAAAAUGAUGCACAAAAGAUGUUGGAAACUUAAAUGGAAACAUAAACGUCUCUUAAACGUCAUUAACAAAAUAAUGUGUGGGACUCUUUUUUUUCCUUUAAAAAUUAUGCUUUUGACAUAUUCACUGUUUGGUGCCGUAUAUAAGCACCUGGUCGUUGGAACGUGUUGUUUAUGAAUACCCUCACUGUGUUGUUUGUGGAACAUUUCUUUCUAUUUCCUUUGUGAUGUCACAGAGUAUUUUCUGAGUAUAAAUAAGUUCUGGAUACUAACUACUGGCAAUGACACAUUCUAUGUGGGAAGGUGGCAACUUCAGAUUGUCAUUUUUAUCCUAUAAAGAUCCUUUCACUCUCAUUUUUAACCAGAACAGCACAGGAAGACAACGACUGACUACAAAGGCGCAAGUCUUUUUCAGACUCUUGACUUCAGGAAUGCCUCAGUCUGAGAGAGAGAGUGACAAAAGAGUGAGUGGGAGAGAAAAUGAACGACAGCCACCACUAAAAGAAGAGCGCGACGCAUCUCCCCCUCUGUUAAACGAAUCCUCUUCACCCCAACAUGUGGAACAUCUUUCUUCUGGAGUACGUUCUGUGAGUGAGCUUCAUUCUGUGAGAGCUGCUGAUGAGCAACGGAUGCAGUUUCUUCAGGUGGUGUUUCAGAAUUCUCCGGCUGGUCCGAUCAGGCCGUCUGUACUUCGCUCUACAGCUCUCCUGCUUCAGGCAAAUGAGAGCCACCAAACAACCAUGAACAGAAGAAAAGACACAGGUCCCAGUGAAGCUGUUGCUGGAUCAAGCCAGCACAGGAAACAGUUUCCCAGAUUUCAGUCUCACAGCCCCGUCGAGUCCGAAACCCAGAGAUCCAGCUCUCUUUUUGUAAACGGACAAUGUCGCUGGCCAAGCUGUGACAGAGUCUUUGAAGGCUAUACUCAUUUUCUAAGACAUCUAAACCGAGACCACAGCACAGAUGAGAAAACGAUUGCACAGUGGCGAGUUCAACAAGACCUUGUGCGCCACAUGGAGAAUCAGCUCAUUCAGGAGAAGCAGAAACUUCAUGCCAUGCAGCUUCACCUUCAGCUGUUUGAAUGCGUCUCGACACGUACCGGAGCUGCUACAGGCUGGGGGAGGCCGCUGGCACUAAAUUUGCCCCCGUUGGGGGAGCCAGAUGGCAGGACAGAGAGAGCUAGUGUAGCGCCGGUACGACAGGAACCCUGCCACAUACCCCCACCACACCUGCUGCCAGAUUUUGUUAGCAGUGUUGAAUACUACAAAUAUGCUAACUUGCGACCUCCAUAUACAUAUGCUUUCUUAAUCAGAUGGUCAAUCCUGGAAGCUCCAGACAAACAGCGGACGCUAAACGAAAUUUACAACUGGUUCACAAGAAUGUUCUUCUAUUUUCGUCAUAAUUCUCCUACAUGGAAGAAUGCUGUGCGACACAAUCUUAGUCUCCACAAAUGCUUUGUGCGGGUGGACGGGAGGACAGGGGCGGUGUGGACAGUGGAUGAGGAAGAGUUUCAGAAGAGAAAAGGGCAGAAAAUCCACAGGGACUACACUUUUAAAUGGCUGACACCCUUCUCCUACUGCCCAUCCCAUGAAGCCUCAGAUGUAUCAAUAAAAGCCACAAAUUCUCAGUAAAACAUUUUCCAAAUGUUUAGUGUAGUAGACUAUGCAGAAAAAAUGGGGUUCAACUAGAAUGUAGAGUUUUAGGUAUGAUCCUUUAGGAUAGCUGUUAAUAUUAAUUUUUGCAUCUCUAUCUGAAAAAAAAGUAAAGUUUUCCAUAAAAAAUUACGUUACUGUCUUGUUUUAUGUAAUUGUAUGUAUGUAAUGUAUGUCUAAAAAGUACAUAAAUAUUUAGUCUAUA